AUGGCCGCGGAGGGGGCCACGGACGACGAGGUCUCGGGGUUCGUGCGCUCGGUCUACACGCUGCUGCGCGUGUGCGACGCCGAGAUCGCCGGCUGGUCGCACGACGGCCUCCAGGUUGUCAUCUUCGACCCCGCGCGCUUCGCGUCCGAGCUCUGCCCCAAGUUCUUCCGCCACCGCACCUUCCAGUCGUUCACGCGGCUGCUCAACAUGUACCAGUUCCACAGGGUGCCAUCGGCGCAGCGCGACUCGAAGCACGUCGUGUUUGCGCACCCGAACUUUCAGCGCACGCGCGAGGACCUCCUGCCGCUCAUCCAGCGCAAGUCCUCCUCGGCGUGCCGCGCGCCUGACUGCGGCGUGUGCCAAGA